GAUGCUCGCACUCAGCUAGGGACGCUGAGGUCAAAGGGAGAUCACUCUCCGAAUGUUUUCCAAAAUGGCGGAUAGCGCUUUUGUGGAACGUGUGGCGUCCGAGUGAUUUUUCUCGCACAGGAAUUGAUUUUCAUGUUAUUAAGGCUCACCACUGAGUAAUAUGAGUCAGGAUUCAGCUGGUGGUGGUGGUGGGCCAAGACAUCGCUUCAGUUCUCCUUCCUCUUUUUUGGCACAAUAUGCUGGGAGCAGCAACACGGCUAGUAGCUCUGACCAGGAAAUGGAUAUAAUCUUGUUGGAUCAUGGUUAUGCAAAGCCUUGGUCAGCUCACCCUGAUGCCAGCAAUGCACGUCCUCUCCGUUACUUGUUCAAGUCCAAGCAGCCAAGAGGAACUGCAGAUCAAGUUCCAAGCAGAAAUGUAGAAGAUAUUGAUGUUGAAGAAGUCACCCAAGCUCCAACUCUUCAUUUUGAUGUGGCCAAGGCACGUACACUCAUGAAUGAGUGUGAACGUCAUGCUUCUUUUGCACGACCUGACGACCAGCAAGAAGACUGGGAGGAAAAGUUGUCCAAAGCUGGAUGGACAGUGCAGCAGAAUCGUGUCUUCACACGAGUCAUGAAAGCUUUGCAGGCAGACCGCCUGGCACGCCUAACAGUGGAGGGGACACCAAAUGAACCCAUUGCCAGAAGACUAGUAGUUGAUAAGACUGCAAAAAGAUUGCGACAAGCUCUGGCAAGCAUUGCCUGGGAUCAGAAAAUUGUGCAAUGGCUGCAUCUUUUAAUUCUGGACACUAUGAGUGUGUCCAUACUUACUUCCUAUUUGGAUGCCUUGCAGACAUUAAAAAGCAAGAUACCAUCUCUUGUUGAAAGAAUGACCAGCGGCACUACACCUGCCCAUCCCAGUUUGUCUUCAGAAUCUCUGGGAUUGUUGCUUAAGCGACCUUGGGACCCAGUAGGCAACACACUGUCACAACAGAAACCUAAGAAACUCCCUGGGAAUCCACUGCUGCUUAUUGCUCCAAGUGGUCCAGCACAGGGUGGUGGUGGGGGUGGAAGUCCAAAAGACAUGAAGUUUUGGCAGAGCCAGCUGUCCGGCCUGGGCAAAGUGGUGCCAGUCACCAUGCACACUGUAAAUGGGGGCAGUGGGGUGUCAGUGUCCUUGUGUCUGGAACACAUGAUUGGAGCUGUCAGGACAAAGGUGUUGGAGCUGAAAAGUCAUUUUCCUGGACGACCAAUUGUGCUGCUUGGCUGGAAUAUUGGAGCUCUUGUUGCUUGCCAUGUGUCACUGGUUGAAUCGGUCAGUGCUGUUGUUUGUCUUGGUUUCCCACUCAUUGGCAUUCAUGGUCUUAGAGGAGAUGUGGAAGAUUCCCUGCUGGACAGCAAGACGCCGACACUUUUUGUUAUUGGGCAAGAUGCUAGCGACUGUUCAGUGGACCAGAUGCAAGAUCUCCGAGAGCAGAUGCGAGCGGAAACAGGGCUGGUGGUUGUUGGAGGUGCUGAUGAACAUUUGCGAUUGUCACAUCGCCAGAAAAAACAAGAAGGCCUGACACAAGCGAUGGCUGACCGGUGCAUCAUUGAUGAGUUUGCCAGUUUUUGGGGAGCAUCCUCUCUCUCAACGCCAAAACGGCGGAGAAAGACAUCUCGUGAUGGUGGUAGCAUUGCGCUUUUUCAAACACCGUCUGCUACUGCGAGAGAGCAUGCUGCAAGCACAGUGCGAAUAUCCAAGCGUGGUGGCAAAAUGUCCCGACAACCGGCGGGAUCCGGCCUCGCGUUUUCAACACAAGGGGUAUAUGCUCAGGAUCAUAGCCGUGGGUCCCCCAGAAAACGUCAAGGUCGUGGUGGGAUCGCCGGUGUUCCACGAAAACGCCUGGCCUUGUCGAUUGGCAUGAAUCAGCUGAGCGUUCAGGUGUCGAGCGCGUCUCCAUCUUUUCAAACAGCAGCAGCAGCACGGCCCGCCCACCCAGCCGCCUUAGCAGCAGCCGUCUCCAGCGCCCCGGAACUGAGCGGACUGUUGCAGGGCAUCAGGGUCAGUCGGGCCAGCGUGGACACAGAGCAAGUGACAAGCGCUGGCAAAUCUUUUGUCAGCGCCUCCCUGCCCCUCACACGGCCUGGUGGCGGUCGGCAACUGACGGACGUUGCAGAGGGGAACGGAGGGUCGUCUUUAACCUCCUCCUCUUCGCCGGGAACCCUGGUGGUAAAGCCGGGAGAAGGCUCGGAAAAAGAGACCCAGAGCGCCGUGAUCAUCGGUAAGGCCCUGCACUCCAGUCAGCCGCAGUCGCAGCAGCAGAUCUUGGUGCGCACGUCAGGGGGGUCGCUGUCUACCCCCAUCACGAUACCCAUUAGCAUGGCGCACCGUCUGGUGGGGCUGGGCGCCGGGUGCCCUUUGGUGCACGUCACUGGGGCCAGCUCCUCGACCUCCUCCCAGAUUCAGCAGCUACUGACCUCCAUCGCCAACUCCACGUCCAUCACCACCGCCGCCGGACAGCCCACCUCACUCUUACUCACCUCCGCCAUUGCCUCGUCUUCCGGUCUAACCACCACCAUCACCACCACCAACAGCGCCGGCGGUACGACCACUUCAGCGAGCGCUGGCCGGGUGCUGGUCACGACAGCUCCACGCACCAAGCUCUCCCACGCGGCCGAGACGACAGAUCACCCUAAAGUGGAAAGGCCGGAAACGGAAGUGGUGGGGAGGUUCAAAGUGAGGCUGACAAGGUGCAGGCCAUCCAGCGACUGCAGUUCCACGAUUUCCCACUUACCACGGCCUCGCUGCAGGCCCUAUCUACGGCAUCUGGUGCGGUUUUCACGCAGGCCAAGAUCCUGGAGGCCGGCAGAAGCACGGAGGGUGCGGGGGUCCGGCCGGCAGGGGUGGGUGGGACAGCAGCGGUCAUGAAGGUGGGUGUGUCCAAGAGCCUCAUCAACCCUGGCAGCUUGCCCACCUCCGUGUCCUCCAUCCUCAGUCGCGUUGUGGCCCAAGGCACCUCCCAGGCUGGCGUACGGGCUGGGUCACCGUUGGCCGGCACCUCCAUCCUGGGCGGCAAGAGCACUGUGCUGAUUACAUCCCUGGGAAAAACCUUUGACCUCUGCCGCUGCCGCCGCCGCGCUGGGCAAGAUGGAGACCAGCAUGCCUCCGGCCACGUCGUCCAGUACCUCCACUAUGACAGCGGCUGGGGACAGCCAGGGGAAGACGCUCUCUUUCAGCGAGUCCAGCUCCACGCCCACAACCAGCGCCACCACGUAUGCAGGGGCAAUCAGCGCCGCCUUGCAGGCCAAGAUGAUAACGGGAGCCGCACGGAUGGCGGCGACUGUAGGACCGUCUCCAGGGUGCAGCACCAAUGCUCCCGUCGCUUCAACAUCAGCCUCUCCAGCAACGGCUGCUGCUGUUUCUUCUUCAGGGAUACCUCCUGUGAGGACCGGGCCGAAGCCACAUCACUCAUCCUACACGUCCAGCACCAAACCUGUACUGCUGACAGUGGCGUCCACUCGCACGCGCAGGAUCCGAACUCCCAAGCAAUACGACCUAUAGGACCGCAGCCACUCUUGAGCAGAUCUGAUAAAAAAAUAAGGCGUUGUGUGUUGACGUUUUCGUACAGUUUGAUUGUGUUCAACAGUUUCAUUGUACUGAAAGGAAAAUCCCAUUAAAAGUCGAUGACUUAUAGAGAGUGACAUUCAUGCAGUGAUGAAUUUAUUAUGUGGGAUGAUGAUGCUUAUGAGCAAUAGCAGCAAGAGGGAUAAUAAUAGUAUUAACCGUGGAAGUAGUUGUAAACCUGUUGUUGUAGAUGUAUCAAUAAUUUUGUAAUAAACAAUCUCUGUAUCUAUU